CGUUGACGUAGAGAGAUGGCGACGUACGGGGACGAGGCCAUGGACGGCUACCUGUACUCGGCGUACAACCCCUACUCGUACCGCUACCUGGGCGGCAGGCCCAAGGGCGUCGCGUGGCGCCACAAGGGCUACGUGGGCGCGUACGGCGACGGGGACGCGUACCUGGACAACCAGCAGCGCGCGCACCUCAAGUCCAUCCUGUCGCAGAUCAACCCGAACCUGACGCCGCGCCUGCGCAAAGCCAACACGCGGGACGUGGGCGUGCAGGUGAACCCGCGCACGGACGCCUCCGUGCAGUGCUCGCUGGGGCCGCGCACGCUCGUGGCGCGCCGGCGCGAGGCGCCGCGACGCAGGCGCCAGGAGACGCAGGUGCCCGGGAGCCCCGUGGGGGGCGGGGUCGUGCGCUACCCGCGAACCCUGGCCGUGUACUCGCCCGUGGCGUCCCGGAGGCUGAGCUCCUUCCUGGAGGAGGAGGAAGAGGAGGAGGAGGAGGAAGAAGAAGAGGAGGAAGAAGAGGGGGAGGAAACGGAGGAGAAGGAGAAGGGGCAGCGGGAGCGCGCGGACGGGAUCGGGGGCCGAGAGAAGGAGAAGGAGGAGGAGAAGAAGGAGGAGGAGGAGGACGACGACAAGGAAGAAGAGAAAGAACAACAACAGGAGGAGGAAAAGACGCUCCCGCCGGAGCAGCAGCAGCACAAGGGCGCGCCGGACGGGGCCAAGACGAAGGCGCGCGUGCGCUUCCAGUUCCUAGAGCAGAAGUACGGCUACUACCACUGCAGGGAGUGCAACCUGCGCUGGGAGAGCGCCUACGUGUGGUGUGUGCAGGGCACCAACAAGGUCUACUUCAAGCAGUUCUGUAGAACAUGCCAGAAGGCCUACAACCCGUACCGUGUUGAGGACAUCACGUGCCAGAGCUGCAAGCGAGCCCGCUGCACGUGCCCCGUGACGCAGCGCCAUGUGGACCCCAAGCGCCCCCAUCGCCAGGACCUGUGUGGGAGGUGCAAGGGCAAGCGUCUCUCAUGCGACAGCACGUUCAGCUUCAAGUACAUCAUCUAGACUAGGUGUCACUGUGUGUAUGUGUGUGUGUGUCCUGGUGCCGGCACUCUGUAAAUAAAGUUUAACCAGCAGUCUGUGUGUUUGCUUUCAUUGGGGUGAAGAGUUUCAGUCCAUGUGCUGUGGCAAAACAGAUGACUGGCUCAGCCUCUGUCAUUCUUUCCCAUGUUUUGGGGUUUUUUUUUUUUUUUUUCCUCCCCUCCACCACCAGCCUUCUCCCUGUGUAAUUCUUACAAGG